AUGUCGACCUUCGAUCUCCCAGUCUACGUGCACAUAGAGACUGUUCACGCGCCGGGUCCCGGAGACCACGACGACAUCAUAGUGUCCGCCACCGGUGCCCAGGGCUUCGUGUCGAUCGACGGCAAGCGCACCUACCUCAACCUGUUCGACACCACGGCGACCAGCGUCCAACCCACCAGGGUGCAGGCGGUGCCGCAACAUUCCUCCCCGCCACAAGUACCGCCCCACCAGCCUCUGGGGCCGGGCGUGGGCACAGGGGUGGCGAUGCCGGCGGACGACGUGCCCCCGCCCCCUCCCCGCCGCCCGCACCCCCCGCACCCGCUGCAAACGCGCCCGCAGCAGCCCUACCGCCGGCCGCAACCAACAGUGCGAAUAGACACCUGCAUAGUUGGAGACGACUCCACCUGUGAUCAGGCGCAGAACGAGAAAUGCAGAACGGAAGCAGGUAUUUCGAGCUGCCAGUGCCGGCCGGGCUACGCGCGGCGGAACCACCGCGACCCCUGUCGGCGAGUGGUUGCGCUGCUUCUGAACUUGAGGGUGGACAGGCUUUACGACAGGAAGAUAGUUUGGGACAACAAGCUGGCGGACAGGGAGUCGGAGCCAUACCAGCAGCUAAGCUACGAAGCCAUCAGGGCUAUCGACUCUGCCUUCUCCAUGACGCCGUUCUCCGACGACUUCGUAGGCGGCUCCGUCAACUCCAUCCACAAAGGGGACGAGAGGAACCAGGGGGUGUUCGUCAACUACACCAUCCUGAUGCAGGAGGGUGGGGGCGCGCGGGGCGGGGCGGAGGCGGGCGGCGAGGUGCGCCGCCAGCUGGUGGGCGUGCUGCGGCGGCGCGCGGACAACGUGGGCGCCUCCGCGCUCUGGGUGCACGCGCCCGCCGACAGCGUGCUCCCGCUCGACGGUAGGCCCACGCCCACGCCCACGCCCACGCCCACGCCCACGCCCACGCCCACGCCCACGCCCACGCCCACGCCCACUGCCCACUGCCCACGAACACACGCCACAGUCCACUGUCCACGCUCACUCACGGUCCUCCCCCUGAACAUCGUCUUCAGUGUCGACGUCGACGAGUGCUCUUCUCCAGAUCUGAACGAUUGCCACCAGCUGGCCACCUGCACCAACACCUGGGGCAGCUUCAAGUGCGCGUGCCCCGACACCACGCUGGACGCGGGCGGGGGCGGGGGCGCGGGCGGGGGCGGGGGCCGCGACUGCCGCGCCUGCUCAGCCUCGCACUGCAGCGAGCGCGGCGUCUGCCGCUACGCGCACGGCCAGCCCUACUGCAGGCAAGCCUUCACCUACCGUCGCUCUCUCUCUCCCUCCCUCCCUCCCUCUCCCCCCCCCCCCCCCCCUCCCUCCCUCCCUCUCUCCCUCCCUCCCUCCCUCUCUCUCUCCCUUACUCUCUCUCCCUUACUCUCUCUCUCAAUCGUCUUCUGCUCGUCGGGCUACUACGGGUCGACUUGCGAAGUGGACGGCGAGGUGGUGGGCGUAGCAGUGGGCGCCUCCCUGGCGGCGGCCCUCGUCAUCGCUCUGACCCUGGCGGCCCUGCUCUCCUGGAGCCGCAAGUGGUCUCGGGAGCAGAAGGCGGCUGGAAUGGGAUCUCCCGUCUUCAGCUACAUGGCGGCCAACACGGUGAAGACUCCCCCCGUCGGGCAGCCGCCCUACCAGGUGUCGCUUGAAGAGAGGAUGAGGUGGGCGCAGAUCGCCGAGGCGAUGGCCCAGGCCAACCAUUACGCGCAGCCGGACCCCGCGCAGAUGGCGACCAGACCCUCGUCCGCGAUGUUCGGAUACCCGACCCUGGCGCCGGUGCCGUUGCCCAGGUGGGACCAGCGCCAGCUGAUGGGAGGUCACCACUCGGGCGGUCACCACACGGGCACAAUGAACACCGUCGCCUCAAGAGCUAACACGGUGGCGUCGCACCUCAACCUAUACGGCUACGCGGGGCACGUGGACUCCAGCGGCUCGGAGGCGUCGAGCCGGGCGGCGGACAGGAGCGACCUGCUGGUGCCGAGGCCCAGAUCGCGCGCGCCCGCACACAAUGCCCCGAUCUCAGGCACAAUGCCCCGAUCUCACGCACACUGCCCCAAUCUCACGCAUACUGCCCCGAUCUCACUCACACUGCCCCAAUCUCCCCGCACGAACACUGCCCCGAUCUCACGAACACUGCCCCGAUCUCACGAACACUGCCCCGAUCUCACGAACACUGCCCCGAUCUCACGAACACUGCCCCGAUCUCACGCCCACUGCGCCGACCUCACGACCACUGCCCCGUCCUCCGAACACUGCCCCGAUCUCACGAAACACUGCCCCGAUCUCACUCAUCUCACGAACACUGACCCGAUCUCACGAACACUGCCCCGAUCUCACGAACACUGCCCCGAUCUCACGAAAUUGCCCCGAUCUCACGAACACUGCCCCGAUCUCACGAACACUGCCCCGAUCUCACUGCCCACACUGCCCCGAUCUCACGAACAUCUCACGAACACUGCCCGAUCUCACGAACACUGCCCCGAUCUCACGAACACUGCCCCGAUCUCACGAACACUGCCCCGAUCUCACGAACACUGCCCCGAUCUCACGAACACUGCCCCGAUCUCACGAACACUGCCCCGAUCUCACGAACACUGCCCCGAUCUCACGAACACUGCCCCGAUCUCACGAACACUGCCCCGAUCUCACGAACACUGCCCCGAUCUCACGAACACUGCCCCGAUCUCACGAACACUGCCCCGAUCUCACGAACACUGCCCCGAUCUCACGAACACUGCCCCGAUCUCACGCCCACUGCCCCAAUCUCACACACAAUGCCCCAAUCUCACGCAUACUUCCCCAAUCACGCGCACACUGAUCCAAUCUCACGCACAAUGCCCCGUCCCACGCUGGCCGCCGCACAAACAAACAAAUCAAACCGGAAUCUACUACGAUGUGGAGUAUGAGAACGCGCCCGAACCCAUAUACGGCAGCAAAGGCAUCCCUCUAUCCACAUACACGGUCAGCAGGGGCCCACCGUUCUACAGGACU